AUGGAAACAAUACAGGAGAAUCCCAAUGAUCCAGCACCGAAACCACUUGUUUCCUGCUUGAAAGUGCCAUCAUUCUGCGUGGAACCUUACAGAUCCUUAUCUGCUGCAAAUGAUAUCGAGCCAAUAUACAGCUUUAGUAACAUUAAUGGCGACGAUGUCGAAGUUGAAAUUGACCUGGAGAAGUUAUCACCACCAUUACCACCAGAUGGAGGUUGGGGUUGGUUUAUUGUGUUCGGAAGCUUCUUGUGUAUGGUACUUGUUGAUGGAAUGUGUUUUUCCUAUGGAAUAUUUCUCAGUGAACUGGAAGAAACAUUCGGUGCCUCAAAAAUGCAGAUGACAUUAGGUGGAUCACUGCUGACUGGGUUCUAUUUUAUGGUCGGUCCACCUGUAAGUGCUCUUUUGAACAGAUUUGGAUCAAGAGAAAUUGUAUUAAUUGGGACUGUGAUUUCUACGGUAUCAAUUUUGAGCAGUACAUUUAUCUACAAUUUGAAUUUGUUCAUCGUAGUUUUUGGCGUUUUUGGAGGCAUUGGUUAUGGAUGCAUUUAUUUACCAGCGGCUACAAUUGUUACUUCAUGGUUUGUGAAAAAAAGAGCUACUGUUACUGGGAUUGUCAUGGCUGGUAGUGGAAUCGGUGGUGUACUAUACAGUCUAAUUGUUCCAUCUCUUAUUCAAUCCUAUACUUGGCGUGGUUGUAUUCUAUUAUUAGCUGGUGUCAAUUUUCAUUGUGCAGUAGCUGGUGCACUAUUUCGUCCAUUACGUCCUACAGAUUAUAAGUAUAACUGUGAAGAUAAAAAUGAAAAUGAUACUAAAAAUAUAGCUUCAUAUACACCCUACAGUUCAAAAGCUGAACCUCUGUUAAUGAAAAAUGCCAAUGAAUCAACAAAUGAAGUACACAAUCCGAUGCGACAAAAUAGAGAUUUCAGUGCUACAAGUGAGAUCAAUAGUUCUGGACUGAAUAUUACUUCAAAUCGAGAUCAUAAACAAUCGAUAGUACGAUUACCGUCAGAUGGCAAAUUAACUCAAACAUCUCGUGUAAAGCGAACCAAUACAAUUGAUGAUGAUGCUGUAAUUACGCACAGUAAUCAGUUUGUUUCCGGAGUAAAGAAUACGUCAAAUAUGCAAAAUAAUCCCUCUGAAUGUAUCCCUGUUAUGAGUGUGGAGGCAGUUAACCGUAUUGUAGGCGAUGUUCUCAAUCGUCAAGUUAUAGCAUCAUCAACAAGUUUAGCUACUCCAGAAUUUUCAUCUAAACUUCGACUCUCCUCAAUUGUUUCACAGAAAAAUCUUCACACAAGUCAAGUUUAUACAGAACCGACUGAAUCGGCUGUUGUGUACAGGAAGCCAGAUAACUUUGGAAGCACUACUCAUUUUGCUUCAGCAGUUUCACUGAAAAUGCCAGCUGAUUCGUCUAUGUGUCAGGCUAUUGUAAAUGAGUUGCAGAAGGAAAUUUCAAGACCUGCCUAUAAGAAGGAUUUAUUUCUUAGUGGAAGUUUAAUACAUCUCAAUGAAUUUUUGUCUACUACUGAUGUAGCAUCAUAUAUCCGAUCAGUAACAAUACCAGCUGAAGAAAUGAAUAUUGAUCGACCGGUUUGGUCUAUGUUUAAAAAUGUUCUUGGCUUGGAAUUGUUGAAGAGCCUAACGUUUGUAUUGCUCGCCAUUUCCAGUGUAUUGAGUAUGAUUGGCUACUGUGUUCCCUAUCAAUUUCUAAAAGAUAAUGCACAACAUCUAGGCGCAAGUGAAGCGUCUGCAUCAUAUCUGUUAGCUUAUCUUGGUGGUUUGAAUACAGUCGGGAGAAUACUCACAGGCUGGGCAUCUGAUCGAUCAUGGGCAAAUGUUCUUUAUAUAAAUAAUAUUUCACUGGUAGUUUCUGGACUACUUACUGCAUUGGUCCCGUUGUUCAGAGCUUAUGAAGCUCUGGUAGCUUAUGCCUGUGUUUAUGGAUUCUUCAUAUCUGCAUUCAUAUCUGUACGUACUAUACUCAUUGUCCAAGUUUUGGGUUUAGAUCGAUUAACCAAUGCUUUUGGAUUUAUGUUAUUAUUCCAAGCAUUUGCAUUCAUUGGAGCUCCUCCUGCCUUCGGUGCAUUGUACGAUCAGAACAAAAACUUUGAUUUGAUCUUCAUCCUCGGUGGAUUAUCAGUCAUACUCUCAGGUGUACUAUGUUUCCCAUUGGUGAUUGUAGCAAACUGGGAAAAUCGAAGAGCUGGACGAGCUAUUGAAAAGGAAGUCAACUCUGAUGAAGAAAAUGACCAUGGUCUCUAUCCUGUUCGCUUACUUAGGCGAAUUCGUGAUUGGUUUAAUAAAAAACAUCAGAGUUCCAAGAAAACGAAUAUUGUUUAUUGA